AUGCGUCCUGAGGUCGAGCAAGAGCUCGCUCACACGCUGCUGAUCGAGCUACUGGCCUAUCAAUUUGCCUCGCCUGUCCGGUGGAUUGAAACUCAGGAUGUCUUUCUCGCCGAGAAGACGGCUGAGCGCAUUGUCGAGAUCGGUCCCGCUGAGACCCUCGGUGUGAUGGCGAAGCGAACCUUGGCCUCCAAGUAUGAGGCUUAUGAUGCUGCCAAGUCCGUGCAGCGACAGAUUCUUUGCUACAACAAGGAUGCCAAGGAGAUCUAUUAUGAUGUCGACCCCAUUGAGGAAGAGCCUGAGCCCGAGGCGGCCCCCGCUGCUGCUGCCCCCGCCGCAGGGUCUGCUGCUCCCGUUGCCGCCGCCGCCGCCGCAGCGGCGCCUGCUGCUGGCCCCGCCGUCCAAGUUCCCGACGCCCCUGUAACGGCCCUCGACAUUGUGAGGGCUCUUAUCGCUCAGAAGCUCAAGAAACCUCUACUUGAGGUGCCUCUAAACAAGGCGAUCAAGGAUUUAGUCGGAGGCAAAUCCACCCUACAAAACGAAAUUCUUGGUGACCUCGGCAAGGAGUUCGGCUCGACCCCAGAAAAGCCCGAAGAUACCCCUCUUGACGAGCUAGGUGCCGCGAUGCAGGCCACGUUCGAUGGUCAGAUCGGCAAGCAGUCUCAAGCGCUUAUUGCCAGGCUCAUCUCCUCCAAGAUGCCCGGAGGUUUCAACAUUACUGCUGCGCGCAAGUACCUUGAGACUCGAUGGGGUCUUGGGUCCGGUCGCCAAGAUGGCGCCUUGCUUUUGGCCUUGACCAUGGAGCCCGCCAACCGUCUUGGCUCCGAGGCUGAUGCCAAAGCCUUCCUUGACGACGUCGCCCAGAAGUAUGCCACCAACGCUGGCAUCAGCCUCACGACGACUGCCGCUGCCGGCCCGGCUGCUGGCGCCGGCCAGGGCAUGAUGAUGGACCCUGCUGCCAUCGACGCUCUCACCAAGGACCAGCGCGCUCUGUUCAAGCAACAGCUCGAGCUGUUUGCCAGGUAUCUCAAGAUGGACCUCAAGGCUGGCGAAAAGGCCCACAUCAGCUCGCAGUCAUCUGAAAAGGUCCUCCAAGCCCAGCUUGAUCUCUGGACUACCGAGCACGGCGACUUCUACGCGGCCGGAAUUGAGCCCGUUUUCAGCUCCCUCAAGGCUCGUGUCUAUGAUUCCGACUGGAACUGGGCGAGGCAGGAUGCUCUAAACAUGUACUUCGAUAUCAUCUUUGGCAGGCUCAAGGUUGUCGACCGAGAGAUUGUCAGCCAGUGUAUCCGCAUCAUGAACCGAUCCAACCCUAAACUUCUCGAGUUCAUGCAGUAUCACAUUGACAACUGCCCUGAGGAUCGUGGCGAGACCUACAAGUUGGCCAAGGAACUUGGUGCCCAGCUCAUCGAAAACUGCAAAGAGGUUCUGGACGCUGCCCCCGCUUUCAAGGACGUGGCCGUCCCUACCGGUCCCCGCACCAUUGUCGAUGCCAAGGGUAAUCUCAACUAUGAAGAGGUCCCUAGGAGCAGCUGUCGCAAGCUGGAGCAUUAUGUCCAGCAGAUGAGCGAGGGCGGAAAGAUUUCCGAAUACGGCAACCGUACCAAGGUCCAGAACGAUCUUCAACGCAUGUACAAGCUCAUUAAGCAGCAACACAAGGCCACGUUGACUAGCUCGCAACUUGAGAUUCGAAACCUGUACCGGGAUGGCAAGGUCGAGACCAUUCCCUUCCUUCACCUCAAGCGCAAGAAUCUCCACGGUUGGGAUUACAGCAAGAAGCUCACAACCCUGUACCUUAGCUGCCUCGAAAAGGGCGCUCGGGACGGAAUUACCUUCCAGGGCAAGUACGCCCUCAUGACCGGUGCCGGUGCUGGAUCAAUUGGUGCAGAGGUCCUCAUCGGCCUCAUUAGCGGUGGUGCCAAGGUCAUUGUCACCACUAGCCGCUACUCUCGGGAGGUUACCGAGUACUACCAGUCUCUGUACACCAAGUACGGCUCGCGCGGCUCUCAGCUUGUUGUUGUGCCCUUCAACCAGGGCAGCAAACAAGACGUUGAGGCCCUCGUCGAGUACGUCUACGACAUCAAGAACGGUCUUGGAUGGGAUCUUGACUACGUGAUUCCUUUCGCCGCCAUCUCCGAGAACGGACGCCAGAUUGAUACCAUCGAUUCCCGCUCCGAGUUGGCUCACCGUAUCAUGCUGACCAACCUUCUCCGCCUACUUGGUGCCAUCAAGACACAGAAGGCUGAGCGAGGUUUCGAGACUCGCCCUGCCCAGGUUGUCCUCCCUCUCUCGCCUAACCACGGUACCUUUGGCAAUGACGGUCUCUACUCUGAGUCUAAGCUUGCCCUUGAGACCCUCUUCAACCGUUGGUACUCUGAGGACUGGGCUCACUUCCUUACUAUCUGCGGUGCUGUCAUUGGAUGGACCCGUGGUACUGGUCUCAUGUCUGGUAACAACAUUGUUGCCGAGGGUGUCGAGGCCUUUGGUGUGCGCACAUUUUCGCAGUCCGAGAUGGCCUUCAACCUUCUCGGCCUGAUGAGCCCCGCCGUUGUCGAUCUCUGCCAAUCCGAGCCUGUCUUCGCCGAUUUGAACGGCGGUCUGCAGUUCAUCCCUAACUUGAACGAGACCAUGACCAAGCUGCGCAAGGACAUCAUGGAGAACAGCGAGAUCCGCAAGGCCGUCAGCAAGGAGACCGCUAUCGAGAACACUAUUGUCAACGGCGAAGCUUCGGAAGCCCUGUACCAGAAGAAGAUCAUUGAGCACCGAGGACAUUGCCCUCUCAACGACAAACUCAAGGGCAUGGUUGACCUCGAGAAGGUCGUCGUCGUUACUGGCUUCGCAGAGGUUGGUCCUUGGGGCAAUGCCCGUACCCGAUGGGAGAUGGAAGCCUAUGGCGAAUUCUCUCUGGAGGGCUGCGUCGAGAUGGCCUGGAUCAUGGGUCUCAUCAAGCAUCACAACGGACCCAUCAACCGCCGCCCUUACUCGGGCUGGGUUGACGGCAAGACCGGUACUCCCGUUGACGAGAAGGAUGUCAAGUCCAAGUACGAGAAAUUCAUUCUCGAGCACAGCGGUAUCCGUUUGAUCGAGCCUGAGCUCUUCGAAGGCUACGACCCGAACAAGAAACAACUUCUCCACGAAGUCGUCAUUGAGCAGGACCUCGAGCCUUUCGAAGCCUCCAAGGAGACGGCCGAGGAGUUCAGGCGUGAACACGGCGACAAGGUCGAAAUCUUUGAGAUUCCCGAGUCUGGCGAGUACACUGUCCGCUUGAAGAAGGGCGCCGCGCUUUGGAUUCCCAAGGCUCUUCGCUUUGACCGCCUUGUUGCCGGCCAGAUCCCGACCGGCUGGGACGCUAAGCGAUAUGGCAUUCCCGACGACAUCAUCUCCCAGGUCGACCCCGUCGCCCUCUUCGUCCUCGUUUCCACUGCAGAGGCUCUCUUGUCCUCGGGUAUCACCGACCCCUAUGAGUUCUACAAGUAUGUCCACGUCUCCGAAGUCGGCAACUGCGUUGGUUCGGGCAUGGGUGGUACCGCUGCCCUUCGUGGCAUGCAUCGCGACAGGUACCUCGAUAAGCCUCUCCAGAACGAUAUUCUUCAGGAGUCUUUCAUCAACACCAUGAGCGCCUGGGUUAACAUGUUGCUGCUCUCGUCCUCGGGUCCCAUCAAGACCCCAGUCGGUGCUUGCGCCACUGCCGUCGAGUCUGUGGACAUUGGCUAUGAGACCAUCAUGGAAGGCAAGGCCCGAGUCUGCAUUGUCGGUGGUUUCGAUGACUUUGGCGAGGAGGGUUCGUACGAGUUCGCCAACAUGAAGGCCACCAGCAACGCGGUUGACGAGUUCGCGCAUGGCCGCACCCCCAGGAGAUGUUGCGGUGUCCAGAUUAUCAUGACUGCCAAGCUUGCCCUCGAGAUGGGUGUGCCCAUUUACAGUAUUCUCGCCCUGACUACCACCGCGUCUGACAAGAUCGGUCGGUCCGUUCCUGCUCCCGGCCAAGGUGUCCUUACCACUGCCCGUGAGCACACCGGCAAGUUCACGUCGCCCCUUCUCGACAUUGACUACCGUCGCCGCCAGAUGAACCUCCGCAGGAGGCAGAUCAAGCAGUGGAAGGAGUCGGAACUCGAGUUCCUCUAUGACGAAGUCGAUGCCAUCAAGUCUCAGGGUGGCCAGUUCAGCGAGAAGGACUACUUCCAAGAUCGCACCAACCACAUCGAGAAGGAGGCCGCCCGUCAAGAGAAGGAGAUGCUCAGGAGCCUGGGCAACAACUUCUGGAAGAACGAUACCUCUAUCGCUCCUCUGCGUGGCGCCCUCGCAACUUGGGGUCUGACGGUUGAUGAUCUCGGCGUUGCCUCAUUCCAUGGCACGUCGACCAAGGCUAACGACAAGAACGAGUCUUCGGUCAUCUGCCAGCAGCUCCGCCACCUUGGCCGCUCCAAGGGUAACGCCAUCAUGGGUAUCUUCCAGAAGUACCUUACGGGCCAUCCCAAGGGUGCCGCCGGUGCCUGGAUGAUGAACGGCUGCCUCCAGGUUCUCAACACGGGUUUGGUCCCCGGCAACCGCAACGCUGACAACGUCGACUCCGUCCUUGAGCAGUAUGACCUCAUUGUCUACCCCAGCCGCAGCAUCCAGACCGACGGUAUCAAGGCGUUCUCCGUCACAUCCUUCGGUUUCGGCCAGAAGGGCGCUCAAGCCAUUGGUGUCCAUCCCCGCUAUCUGUUUGCCACCCUCGACGAGCAGACGUACAAUGCUUACUGCGCCAAGGUUGAGGCCCGUCAGAAGAAGGCCUACAGGUACUUCCACAACGGCUUGAUCCACAACAGCCUGUUCGUCGCCAAGUCCCACUCUCCUUACACUGACGAGCAGCUGAGCCAGGUGCUCCUCAACCCCGACGCCCGUGUCACCGAGGACAAGAAAACUUCUGAGCUCACCUAUCCUUCCAACUUCAUGGCCCUCUCUGAGAAGCCCGCUUCUUCCGCCGCUCAAAAGGCGACGGCCACCAUGAUGGAAGCGCUCGCCCAAAAGGUUGUGGCGAAGAACAGCAAGAUUGGCGUGGACGUUGAAGACAUCUCUGCUAUCAACAUUGAGAACGAGACUUUUAUCGCGCGCAACUUCACCCAAGCAGAGAUUGACUACUGCCGCAAGGCUCCCAGCCCCCAAAGCUCCUUUGCAGGCAGGUGGAGAGCCGGUGCCGCCCUCAAGGAUAUCGAGAUCAUCAGGACCUCUGAAGGUGCCCCAUCCGUCAAGCUUCACGGUGACGCCGCCACUGCUGCUAAGAAGGCCGGUGUGAAGGAUGUCAACGUGUCCAUCUCCCACUCGGAUACCCAGGCCAUGGCCGUUGCUGUUGCCACACUUUAA